CGGCUUCCCAAAAGGGGCGAACAUGGCGAUGGGCAGGAUGAGGUGAAGAGGAGGAGGAGGAGGAAAACAUAAAAAUAAAAUUAAAAAAAAAAAAAAAAAAGAGAGAGAAGGAGGAAAAGAGAGAGAAAAAAAAGAUUAAACACAGGGAGAGGAAAAUUAUGAAAAGGGAAAUAUAAAGGAAAAGAGGGACGGGGAUGCAAGCAGCGCUGGCGCGGUGAUUUCCUCCCCCCCCCUCCUCCUCCUCCUCCAAAAGGCGAAAAAAAAAGAAAAAAAAAAAAGCCACCAAACCAGCAACCCACCCAACCCACCAAUUCCUUGUUUUUUUCAUGGAGAGCACAAACCCCAGGCCAGCGGAGGAGGACCGGGACUCCUCAGCGCGGAGACCUUUGCAUCAAAAUGCUGAUAGUCGAAAAAACGACUGACUACCCUUCGGCUGAGUACUCCCUGGUGGAGGAUGUAGCCCUCCACUUCACGUGUUUGAUGGACAGACUGAACGAGCAGCGCCUCUUUCAGCCGGACCUGUGCGACGUGGACAUCGUGCUGGUGCAGCACAAGAGCAUCUUCCCGGCGCACAAGGGGGUCCUGGCAGCCUACAGCCAGUUCUUCCACUCCCUCUUCACCCAGAACAAGCAGCUGCAGCGUGUGGAGCUCUCUCUGGAGGCCCUCACGUCGCAGGGCCUCCAGCAGAUCCUCAACUUCAUCUACACCUCCAAGCUGCUCGUCAACUCCUGCAAUGUGCAGGACGUGCUGAACGCGGCCGCCGUGCUGCAGAUGAACAACAUCGCGUCCUCCUGCCAGGACCUGCUGGACACGCGCUCGCUCAGCCUGGCCACUGACAUGGCCCUGCCCGCCGAGGGCUGCGCCGGACCCCCGCCCUACUACUGCGAGAUCAAGCAGGAGGUGGACGCUCCCCACCCCAAAAUCUACGCCCGGGAGGGCAACGACCCCUUCUCGGUGCGGGUGGAGGAUGGGACGGGCAGCGGGACGCUCCCCCCCGGCCCGGCCAAGCAGUACUACAAGGAGGAGAAGGAUGGAGGUCCUGGUGCUGUCUGUAAGAUGGAGGGUGAGGAGUCUGAGGAGGACCUGGACAGCCAGGGCUCCUACAACCGGGAGCAGAUCAUCGUGGAGGUGAACCUCAACAACCAGACUCUCAACGUCUCCAAGGGCACAGAGGGGAAGGCGGCCGCCAGCGAGGCGGCCGUGAUGGGGCGGCCAGACGGGGAUGGGCGCGAUACGGAGGAGGACGGGGAGGAGGAGAAUGAGGAAGGGGAGGAGGAGGAGGAAGAAGAGGAUGAUGCAGAGGUGGGGGAGGAGGAGGAGGAGGAGCGCAGCGAGGAGGAAGAUCUGGAGGAGACGACGGAAGAAGAGGAUGAUGAUGAUGAAGAUGCCUCAGAGAUGAAAAGGGAAAAGAGCGGGCAGCCCCGCAGGGGCAGCCGGGCAUCCAAAGCCACUAAACCUGCCAUGGCAACCAGGUCCCAGGAGAUGGCCAAGGUGGAAGAGGAGGAGGAGGAGGAAGAAGAAGGCCAGAGGGGAAGGAAGAGAAAGAAGGAACAAGAUGGCUUGGGCCAGAAGGUGAAGCUGGAGGAGAAGCAGCAUUAUCCGUGCAAGAAGUGUCCCCGGAUCUUCAACAACCGCUGGUACCUGGAGAAGCACAUGAACGUCACACACAGCCGGAUGCAGAUCUGCGACAAGUGCGGGAAGCGCUUCCUGCUGGAGAGCGAGCUCCUGCUGCACCACCAGACCGACUGUGAGAAGAACAUCCAGUGCGUGACAUGCGGGAAGGGGUUCAAGAAGCUCUGGUCUCUCCACGAACACAACAAGAUCGUCCAUGGCUAUGCAGAGAAGAAGUUCUCCUGCGAGAUCUGCGAGAAGAAGUUCUACACCAUGGCCCACGUGCGCAAACACAUGGUUGCACACACCAAGGACAUGCCCUUCACCUGCGAGACCUGCGGGAAGUCCUUCAAGCGCAGCAUGUCCCUCAAGGUCCACUCGCUCCAGCACUCCGGGGAAAAGCCUUUCAAAUGUGAGAACUGCAACGAGCGCUUCCAGUACAAGUACCAGCUGCGCUCCCACAUGAGCAUCCACAUUGGCCACAAGCAGUUCAUGUGCCAGUGGUGUGGCAAGGACUUCAACAUGAAGCAGUACUUUGAUGAGCACAUGAAGACGCACACGGGGGAGAAGCCCUACAUCUGUGAGAUCUGCGGGAAGAGCUUCACCAGCCGCCCCAACAUGAAGCGGCACCGCCGGACCCACACCGGGGAGAAGCCGUACCCCUGCGACGUCUGCGGCCAGCGCUUCCGCUUCUCCAACAUGCUCAAGGCCCACAAGGAGAAAUGUUUCCGCGUCAGCAACCCCUUGGCUUCGGACACGGCCGUCCCCCAACCUGCCACCAGCCCGGCUCCGCUGCCCCCCGGCCCCGGCGUCUCCCCCCUGCCCCUGCCGCUGCUCCAUCCUCUUCCACAGACCCUCCCUCCUCCUCCUCACCUACCACCACCCCCUCCCCUGUUUCCCGCGGGGAGGAUAAAUUCCAACAACAAUUAGGUGCCCCACCCCUACCCCGGCCACGCGCCUGCACGGACUGCUCUGCCCUUCGGGAGCGCCUUUCCCCCGGGGAGCCAAGGCUUUGCUUGCUCUCUACCCCCCUUUCCUCCUCAUUUUGGGGUUGUUUUGGGUUUUUAUUGCUUUUUCUCACCCGUCAUUCUCCGCAGAGAGGGGGAGCAGGAAGAAACCCCCCACACCCCUCCCCGAGGAGCGUGGGUGUUGUGGGGGAAACUGCCGUCCGUCUGUAAGGGUGUAGGUAAAAGGUGUCACUCUCAGUUUCAUCUUCCCAUACGCUGGCAUCACCUUCCUGCUGGGAUGCUGGUGAGGCUGGGAGGAGCAGGAUAUCUGGGCUUGAGCUUGCUGGCCGGUGCAUCAAUGUUUUUGAAGCCGAAUUCUAGUUAGUGGUGCUUGAAUCCCUGUACUGUAAAGCUGGUCUUUCAAGUCAGGCUCUUCACCCACGGGGUUGAAAGCUGGGCACCCCAGGCGAGCCUGUCACUGCCAGCCCCAGUGGCCCGUGGCAAGCGAGCAGAUGUCCCCAUUGGAAAGCCAUGAGCACGCUCUCUUUAGCAGCCCUCCACACGUCUUCCGUCCCUACAACAGAUUUUCCUCCUCCACAGGCAAAAGCACAAACACCCACCUUGCAUCUCGGGGCAUCUGCAACUCGCUGUCGGUUCCGUUUCGGGGUGCCCUAAGGGAGCUGGGUUCUGGUGCGCCCUUUCUGCUAAUCCCAGCAGGAGCUGGGCUCCUGGGGAUGCUCUGGAGUCGGGGAGCUGUUCCUGGGAGAGCUCAGGUACCUUUGGGAGCGGCAGGAGGGUAGCCUGGGACAGAGGAGCAGGACGCUUCUGUUUCUCGGCAGAAUCGGCCCAGAAUAGUGCCUUAACAAUCUGAACAAACCCCAGAGGGAUGGGUGAGCUCAAGGUUGGUCCUACUGCAAGGUUCAGAGCUAAAGCAGGACCAUGGGGAUGAUGAUGUCCCAGUCUCCAGUUUGUUGCCUGCUUUGCUCUCCCAAGCUUCACUUCUUGUGGUGCUGGUUUCCGUUGCCCUGUCCUGGUCUGGGGGGACCAGAGGGGACCAGUGAGGGUUGUGGUUGUUUUGGUGAUGCCCUGUGAUGUUGCUUAGUGCUUGUUGAAGAUGUUGAAGUCGAGCUGGUCUUUGGUUUCACUUGCAAAUAAUAAGGCUGGCUUCAUGCUGAGGAGGAGGAGAAGAGGAAGGCUUUGUUGUCAUCUUUUUGUUGUGCACUGAGGUCCCAGCAGGGUCUCUCACUGCUGUGCUCUGCCCCAGGGUGCCAUGCAUUGUCCUGACCAUGGCUGUGGGGUUCCUGCCAGGGGAAGUCAGAGAGCACCCAGCAUGGGCAGAGAAGGGCUGGCAAGAGGUGGGGGGUGUUCCAGCUGAUCCUGUGCUUCUAAAACCGGUGUAGGUCAGGUCAUGGAUGAGGUGUUGGAAGCACUGUUGGUAGGUAAGAAGGAAAGAGGUCACUGAGUGGGCUGCAGGAGCCUUUUCUCAUAUCCAGCUUGUGCUGGGUGACAGCAGAGGGGGGACAGGAAGCCUGUGAAAAGCCUUGGUGCUUCGUCUCCUGGACCAAAUCAGCAAAGCAACUGGGCAGCAUUUAGGCUAUCCCUGCAGAGAUGGGAGGAUUCUGUCACGUGCUCAGGGGCUUUGCUGACUGGGGACAUGCAGGAGCCUGACAGGGACAAGACCAGGGAGCAUCUUCUGUUCUCCCGAGUGCUCUUUGAGGUGUCUGGUGUCACCUCCUGCUGAAUGGUGCCCCACUGGUGCCCGACUGAUGUUAGCAUUUUGGGGCCACAAAGUCCCUUUCAUCUUCAUGUUGGCUGGGAUCCUGUGGAUCCCCAGCGUGGCUCUCAGUACCAGUGAGCUCACGCCCAUCUUCAUCUGCUCCGAGAAUGAGGAGUUCGCUAUGGCAGAGCUGCCUCACCUUAUUGACCUUCUCAGGUGGGUUCCAAAGGCUUCUCUGCUGCCCCCCUCCAUGACCCUGGGGCUCGUUGGGAUGGUGCAAAGCCUCAAACACACCUGUCAGGGAUGAGGGCUUUUGGGUCUGAAGGGACCAUGACCCAUACUGGAAGGUGUUUUUUUUUGGAGAAGCAUUCAGUGAAACCCGUGGAGGUGCUGGAGUGGUCCAUGCUGUCUCCUCCUCUGCUGCCUCCCAGAUCCCAUCCCCUUGGGUUUUCUUUCCCCUGAUGUUCAGCCUUGAGACAGGAUGGGAGCGCUGUGCCCUGAGGAGGGCUCACCUUAUUUUAUGGUUUUCUGUCAUGGAGCCCAUCAGCUGAUAGGCUUCCCCCAAUGUAAACAUCCAUGCCAACAUUGUGCUCCCUUGUUCCACUCUCCUGGAGGUGGCUUUCCCUGUUCCCAUCCCAGUUCAUCCUCUCCCAGUGAGGACCUGCCACCCUUGGACAUCUCUGUGAGAUGAGCGCACUUCCUUGAGGCUGGAAGCCCAGCGGAGAGCCCAGUGACUGAUCCCAGCCACGCCCGAUCCCCUUCGAGAGCCUGCUCGUAGAGCCACUUGGAGACGUUGAGAUGUGACCAUGCACACAGCACUUUGGAGAACCAGAUCCCUGCUGCUCCCUCCCCUCUCCAAGGCCUGGCUAGUUCCCAGGAGUCCUACGAGGCCUCUGAGCCCUUUUGUCUACACCCUGACUCAGCCCCAGUUGUGUCUCCAUGUCUGGUUUUCGUUCAUGUACUGAGAGCUCAGACGAGUCGCUCCCGCAGUGCCUCGUCCAUCCCGGACCCAUCCUGGCCGGCACUGUUGCACCCCUCGGGGUUAGACAGGGCAGGAGAGCUGGGUCCGUUAUUUUCAAGCUUUUUAUGUUUUACUUCAAUUUUUUUUUUAAUUUUUUUUUUUUAACUCUUGCACCUUAAUCUCUCACAUCCCUUCUUUGACAGACCGCGAGGGUGGAGAGGGGCUUGAUUUCCAUUACGCAGUUCCUGAUUACGCCGUAGCGCAACCUUCAGCUGACAGCUCUUCCCACACACCUAAACCCCAGACCUGUCUGGGUCAGAAUUUUUUCCCCCCCCCGCACUCCACCCUUCAUUUGAACUUUGGGGAGGGAGGGGAUCAUGUGGGGAGGGUCACUUUUGGUUUAAAUAUCCCAGGAGCCUGGUAGCACAGACCAGUUCGCCUCACGUAUCCAUGAGGCACGGCUGGCCCUUCGGACCACAGCCAUAACCCUGGCGCGGUGGGAAGGUGAUGGAUGGGUGGGAAUGGCUGUGACAGUGCAAUAGAGACGAGCAUCCGCUGCUAGACAACUCCUCUGAGGUGACUCUUGGUUUGCCUGAAGUCAGGAGGGAAGGACAGACGGACAGACGCCCUUUGUUCACACGGACGGCGAGAGCUUCCCCACAUGCAGCCCUGCCUAGAGACACGGAACCACGACGGGAGUUGGGUUGAACUUACAAAGGAGGAAAAUAAUAAUUUUUAAAAAAAAGAAGAAAGAAAAGAUAGGAAUAAGAACAACCUCUGUAGCAUGGAACUUGAAGGAAAUGAAUGAAACCCCAAGCACUUGCCUCAAAACUAGUUUCUCAUGCCUGGUGCUUGGCUCUGAAUUAUUUUACGGCAUUCAGUAUCAGUUGCCCAAACAUGCCAAGUUAAGAGUGUAUCGGUGGCUCUACAAGUGUGAACAAACUAAACGAAGCACUUUAUUCUGUAUAGAUUAAGGGAAGGCGGGGAGGGGAGGGGAAGCUUGGAUGCUUUUCGGAAGCGUCUUAAGUAAUGUUCUAGGAAAUGUAUUAUUAUUAUUAUUACUUUUUUUUUUUUUAUGACCAUGUGUAAUCAAUAUAUGUUUAUCUUUAACUCCAA